CUUUUAAACACACAGCAGUGGAGUGUUAUGGCAGCCAGGAAACGGACAGCCAUCUUAUAAAUCCGCAGCCUGUCUGUUACAUUUGCAACUUAAACGGCUUUAUUCCAUCUUUUAAUGAUGGGUCAGUGCGGGAUUACGUCGUCUAAGACCGUCUUGGUGUUCCUGAACCUGAUAUUUUGGGCCGCUGCUGGCAUUCUGUGCUAUGUCGGGGCUUAUGUGUUCAUCACAUACGAUGACUAUGACCAUUUCUUUGAGGACGUGUACACCCUGAUCCCAGCUGUUGUCAUCAUUGCAGUUGGAGCACUGCUGUUUAUUAUUGGGCUCAUUGGUUGCUGCGCUACUAUUCGAGAGAGUCGCUGCGGACUUGCCACGUUUGUCAUCAUUCUUAUGCUGGUAUUUGUUACUGAGGUGGUGGUAGUGGUUCUUGGCUAUAUUUACAGAGCGAAGGUAGAAGAUGAGGUCAAUCAUUCCAUCCAGAAAGUAUAUAAUGAAUAUAACGGCACCAACACAGAUGCUCCCAGCCGUGCUAUUGACUAUGUGCAGAGACAGCUCCAUUGCUGCGGCAUCACCAACUUCUCCGACUGGAAGAACACACGUUGGUUUAAGGAGUCCAAGAACAACAGCGUGCCGUUGAGCUGCUGCAAACCCAAUGUGAGCAACUGCACAGGCUCCCUCUUGCGCCCCGGAGAUCUUUAUCCUGAGGGAUGUGAAGCGCUGGUGGUGAAGAAACUGAAAGAAAUCAUGAUGUACGUCAUCUGGGCUGCCCUGACAUUUGCUGCAAUUCAGAUGCUGGGAAUGCUGUGCGCUUGUGUGGUUCUGUGCCGCAGAAGCCGAGACCCGGCUUAUGAGCUCCUGAUGACUGGAGGGACGUAUGCAUGAAAAAAACCCCAGCAGACAGACUCUCUUCUCUAUCUCUCUCUCUCUAACACACACACACACACACACACUGGGCUCAGGGUUCUGUCGGUGUGAGGUGGCACACUGGAUAUGCCCGAAUUAUCUCUCUUUCUGUACAUCUUACACAGGGUUUGCUCACACGAUGCACUGGUGAUGGGUGAAACGAAGCGCGUCCUAUUUAUUUAUUCAGUAUAUGUCACUGAAAACGACUGCGUUUUAAUUGAAACCUUUGUUUUUUCUCUCUCUCUCAAAGGCGUCGAGCCAGACUGCGAAAUGGCGAGUUUAUAAUCCCGUUGAGAAGACUUUAACAUGGAUCGUUAACCUUUUUUUUUUCCUCUAUUAAAUGGAGUGGAAGAUGCUGUUAUGGUAUGAAUAAGAUGUGGAAUGUAUGCUUUCCUCAUUUGGUUAGUUUUGCACUAUGUGUAUGGUUUAGUUCUAUAUUACCUUAACAAACAGCAAUCUGGUAAAACGGCUGAAAUGCUUUGAUACGAGAGGAUUGGCUGUCUCUCAGACGCCACCCAUCACCAGUCUGGGAUAGCUGGAGUGUGAGAGACAGAUCUAGACUGACCAUGCAAGGCAUUGUGGGUACAGUCGUACGGCUGUGUGUUUUGAAACAAGGGUCACGUCGGUUUACGUGUGAACAGGUUGUGGGAGGGAGGGCUGGCGGCUUUACAUGCACCACCUACCAUUUACCCGAUCCUUAUAUUCUUUUCCUCCUCUUUUUUCCAUUGCUUACAGUGUGAACUUUACUAGUCUAGUAAUCUAUAGUUAGUUUGGAUAACAUGUAGGUAUAUACAACAGGGUCAACAGUGUAUUAUUUUAAAAUGAAUGUACAUAGGGAGGAGGAAAAUGGUGAAAUAAGCUUGUCAUUUCAAUCUUAAAAAUAAAUGUUUCAUAAGUUGA